CUGACGCACACGCCUCCGCCGACGCCGACGUCGCGGCGCUACCGCGCAAUACCCGAUAGAUUCCGGACUUACGGAACCCGUGAGUUUCCCUAUUCGCAUUGUGUCCGGCCCUUGGGGUCGACCAAGAUUAUGGUAAAAUUUUCCCUCCUAAUGUUCCUCCUCGGAGGAGCAUUCUGCUAUCUUCCACCAGGCAAGGAUACUAUCCUCUCCGGUAUAUUCCUGCGAGACCUAGUCAACCGCAUCAACGGCAAAGGCAUCUCCGAAGGCGACGGCAUCUCCUACCUGGACUUCACAGAUGGUUUACCGCUGGACGGCCGAUCUCUAACCAGCGGAUUGGAAGACGAAAAGCUUUUCUCCGGAGAUUACGACUCUGUGGGCGAAUUCAACCUGCAUCCCAGCAUUCGAGACGAGGAGUACUUGCGGCACAGCAGCCUUUGGGCUAAGCAGUAUUUGAAUGGGGAUAGGAGUAUCCAAGGAGCAAGAGGCGUGAAGACCAUGGAACCAGAAUCUACUUUACCAGCUUACUGCAGCCCGCCGAAUCCUUGUCCCAUAGGGUACACGGCUGCCCAAGGUUGUAUUGAAGAUUUCCAAAAUACUGCUUCUUACAGUCGGAAAUACCAAGGAGCUCAGGAUUGCAUGUGCGAUACUGAGCAUAUGUUUGACUGUCCGGGUUCCAAUGAUAUUGAUGACGAAGAAUCCACCGUGUAUGAUGGUUAUAGGCUCAACAGAUUCCUUCAAGAGUCAAACAAGGGAAACAACCCCUUUUUGACUGGAGAAAAGUUACCAGUUGCUGCGAAGAAAGGCAACAACGUGAACUUCUAAGAUUCGAAGUAAAGCCUCUGAAAAACAUCAGAAGGGCUGUCUUCAACGUCUCCCCGAGAGCGAAACUGCUUCUAAGCGGGGAAGUUACCGGCUAGAUUUGAAAACAGCCUCCUGGGACGGAUCAUGGAACCACAAAACGGCAACAAUCGACUCUGGCUUUGAAAACGGACUAUCCGAAGAACAAUAACUCAAUUUAAUCCCUAUUCCUCUACAAACAAACAAAGUAUAAUAUAUUAACCUAGAUAGUAGUUGCUUUCGAUGUAAGUAAGUAAGUAACGGAUCGAACCCCUAUACUGUUAGAGUUAGAGAACAAAGAGCAAAUCAGCAUUUCUUCGCGAAUGAUAUGAUUAAGUAAACAAUGUUUGACAUAUCACGAUGUUGACCAAAAGAAUUUACUAUCGACUUGAGUCGUGUUUUAGGCCCUAUUGACUUUGGCUGAUCUUCAGCCAGGACGAAGAACCUCCGAUGGAUCAGGAUUCAAUGGGGGCUCUUCGGACGCGCCGGCUCGGCCAAGGUCAGAACAUGACUUAAGUGGGUAACCGACUUUUAAACCUGACGGAACACUAAUGACUAUAGCAUAAAGCGUUGACCCUAAAAUACUACUAUAUAUGUUUAGGAUGCAUGUAGGGUGGUUAUAAUAACAUUUAAAGUGAAUUCUAACUCUGUCUUUUUGUGUUUAUAUAGGCAGUUUAAAAAUAUAUUUAUUGGUGUUUGAAAGUAUAUUAAACAGUUAAAUGGUUAACCAUUUUACCAACCUCUAUUUGUCUAAUAUGGAGCGGAUUAAAUGUAUUCUCUUAACGUA